CUUAUUUUGUCUUCCAGUUGAUGCAUUCAUCUCUCUAAAAGCUGAAACACCACAGCUUAACCAAAGCUUCAACAAAGCAAAUUCAGUAGUUUUCCUUUUCACAUCAUCGAAAUUUCCGAGGAAAAGUUUCGAGUUUAUCCGAUUCACUAUCUCGGUUGCAGAUUGAGUGAUGAGAGAGACCGAGGGUUUGAAUUCGAGCUUUGAGAAAUUGAUGGUUUUCGGCGCUGCUGAGAGCAUGAGCAUAACAGAGUGGAAGGAUGUUCCGGUGGAGCUGCUGCUCAGGAUUUUGUCACUGGUGGAUGAUCAGACGGUGAUUGUGGCUUCUGGGGUUUGCCAUGGAUGGAGGGAUGCUAUUUCUUGGGGCCUCACUCGCCUUUCCCUCUCCUGGUGCAAGAGGAGCAUGAAUGAUCUGGUGCUGUCUCUGGCCCCUAAGUUUACGAAGCUGCAGGCUCUCGGGUUGAGGCAGGACACGCCACAGCUCCAUGAUGACGCUGUUGAGGCGAUUGCAGCCCACUGUCAUGAGCUUCAAGAGUUGGAUCUUAGCAAGAGCUUCAGGCUCACUGAUCGCUCGCUGUACGCGUUGGCACAUGGUUGUCCCGAGCUCGUGAAGCUGAAUAUCAGCGGCUGUACAGGCUUCAGUGAUUCUGCUCUUGGAUAUCUGACUGGGUGUUGCAGGAAACUGAAGACCUUGAAUCUUUGUGGCUGUGUUAGGACCGCGACGGAUAGGGCGUUGAAGGCAAUUGGGUACAACUGCCAUCAAAUGCAGUCGUUGAAUCUUGGAUGGUGCGACCGUGUUGGUGAUGAAGGUGUCAAGAGUUUGGCGUAUGGUUGCCCUAAUCUUAGAGCUCUUGAUUUGUGCGGAUGCGUUCUUAUUACAGACGAGAGCGUCGUUGCAUUGGCGAACAACUGCCUCCACCUGAGGUCGCUCGGGCUGUACUUCUGCCAGAACAUUACAGACAGGGCAAUGUACUCUCUAGCACAGAGCCGGGUGAAGAACAAGCACGACGUUUGGGCAUCCGUGAAGAGCAGGUACGAGGAGGAAGGGCUUACGAACCUCAACAUCAGCCAGUGCACGGCCCUCACACCCCCUGCGGUACAGGCACUGUGCGAUUCUUUCCCUGAUUUGCACACGUGCCCCGGCCGGCAUUCCCUCAUAAUCAGCGGCUGCCUCAACUUGACGUCCGUCCACUGCGCCUGCGCCUCCAUGCAUGCCCACCGGGCACCACAUGCGAUGCCUCAUUUCGCACACUGAGUCGAGGUUGGGCCGGAUUAUGUUGUAUGUAAAUAAAUGGUGUAUCUUGAAACCGGACUUUUUAUGCAUUUGUUGAUCCUUUUGAA